AUGGCGUUGCAUCGCGCGAUAGUGAACGAGCCAACCGCCAGAGAACAUGAAGUCCUCAAAAUUGCGUAUGAUGGCCUCCGAAUUACGGAAGAGCAGCUUCAAGAUGUGGAGCGUGAGAUCUGUCGUUUGAUGUCCGCCAAGAUGAUGUGGUUCCCCGAGCAAUCCAGUUUAUCACGCGACUUUCAUCAGAAAUGGGAUGAAGGUUUCGGGGACGGAGACCUGCCCCCGUCAGAAUGGUGGAAAUGGGCAGCCCACAAUGGUCUCUUCGAGUCCGUGGAUAAUCUGGACCGAGAACUGGAGAAAGCAAAUGCAUCAAAGGCAAAGUUUGAGGGUGUUCAAAGUGCUCUUCGAUGCUGCAUCAACAACUUGUCGCGUCCGUAUCUGCGAAACUUAAAUAUUCUGGACUUGCCUAACGAGAUUCUUCUCAAGGUCUUCGAGUUCGUGGAAGACAAGUUUGAAUUCCCAUUGCUAUUGCCAUUCUACCGUCAAGGCACAAAGGAUAUCAAGAACAUACGCCUGGUCUGUUGGCGAUUCUGUAACCUGAGCUCGCAGCUGCUCGUCCGUGUUGUGCGUGUCAACUUCAAUGAGCUAUCACUUGCGCGCCUAGAAGAGAUUUCUCGCCAUCCCACUAUCUCCAAAGGCGUUCGUGCCGUUCAAAUUGUCCUUCAUUUUUACAACUUCUCAUUCACCGACUUCCACCGGUUCAUUUCAUACCAAGCAGACGAAGUUGAAAACCAUGUUGACCCUUUCGACCACGCGAAGAUGUGGGAGAGUUUGGACAUACCCGAGCAGACAGCAUUGGAAAUGGUUUCAAAUGGAAGGGCGGUUAUAUCUACACUACGUCGACUUGAGUUAGCUGAUCCUGAUGAUAACAGCGGAUAUUGUGAGGGCGACGAAGAUCAUCGAGCACGUCUGGGAGAAAUACAUCGACAGUAUCUGAUCCUUCUGGAGAAGCAGGAGUCACUAAUAAGAACCAAAAAGUUAUCUCAAACUGUUGGCUCUGCAAUUUCCAGGAUGCUGGGGCUGUGGAAGCUAGACUUUAACGAUACGGAUUUUGAAUCCUUGAAGGACCGGCGACUGAUGGUACCUGGGGGCAGUAUCUGGGAUGCACUACAUCGUUACAUGCUCCAGCCAAUAACCGGCGAUGAUGCAAAGAAACAUGGGCUCGAGCUACCUAAUUAUCAAUGCAUCGUCAAUGUGAUAGAUUCUGUCCGAAGAGCGGGUACAUUGCUUGACAACAUCGAUAUCAAGCUGUCAACUCUGGGAUAUCCUGGGAGCUUAGCGCUGGCUCCGGAUAUCCGACGAGAGUUUUCGUCCAGAAUGCAGCAGCUGAAGGAAUUUGCAUUCUCGUUUGAGGGCAAUCUUACGGAGCAAGACGCAGAUGAUCUUAGCAAAUUCCUGUCUGCCUUCUUGGACACAUCAAGCCUACAAAAUCUCAGAUUGCAUAUGAGAGGCGAGGAGGCCGAAGCGGCAAGAAUUGACGUGGGCCAAAUCAUAGGGUCAAAGUCCAGACAUAAGUUGAUCGACAUCUCCUUUGACCAAGUCGCCAUGGAUCUUCCUAGGCUGCUGCGCUUCCUCGAACGGCUGCCGCAAUCAAUCCACUGCAUCCACCUGCGGGAUGUCCGUUUGCUUAGUGGUACCUGGAAAGAGGCUCUGGAUGCGCUUCGGAAGAAGAGAUCUCGUGUUGUGCUAUUUAGCGAGCCGCAGGGCGCCGAGUGUGACAAUAUGCCACGCGAAGUCUACGAAAGUAUAUUCAGUACGGAGAACUGCGACGUCAGCAAUGCCGAGCGUUACAUCAGGAACUGGAUCCCGUGGGAACCCAAUCCCCUGCAGGCGCUUGAGGACGGGCUUUACAAUGCGAACUGA